AUGGGCCGCCUGAACGAGCAGCGCCUCUUCCAGCCUGACCUCUGCGACGUGGACCUGGUGCUGGUGCCCCAGCGCAGCGUCUUCCCGGCGCACAAGGGCGUGCUGGCCGCCUACAGCCAGUUCUUCCACUCGCUCUUCACGCAGAACAAGCAGCUGCAGCGCGUGGAGCUGUCCCUAGAGGCCCUGGCCCCCGGCGGCCUGCAGCAGAUCCUCAACUUCAUCUACACCUCCAAGCUGCUGGUCAACGCGGCCAACGUCCACGAGGUGCUCAGUGCCGCCUCGUUGCUGCAGAUGGCCGACAUCGCCGCGUCCUGCCAGGAGCUGCUGGACGCCCGCUCCCUAGGCCCCCCCGGCCCCAGCGCUGUGGCCCUGGCCCAGCCGGCCGCCGGCUGCACCCCGGCCGCACCACCCUACUACUGCGACAUCAAGCAGGAGGCGGACGCCCCGGGCCUGCCGAAGAUCUAUGCCCGCGAGGGCCCCGACCCCUACUCUGUGCGUGUCGAGGACGGGGCAGGGACCGCGGGGGGCGCGGCGCCCGCCGCCAUUGGGCCAGCUCAGCCCUUCUUCAAGGAGGAGAAGGAGGGUGGCGUGGAAGAGGCCGGCGGGCCCCCCGGCAGCCUCUGCAAGCUGGAGGGUGGGGAGGGGCUGGAGGAAGAGCUGAGGGGUUCUGGCACCUACAGCCACCGGGAGCAGUCCCAGAUCAUCGUGGAGGUGAACCUCAACAACCAGACUCUGCACGUGUCCACGGGGCCCGAGGGCAAGCCGGGCACCACUACGGGCCCGGCCACCGUGGUGCUGGGCCGGGAGGACGGGCUGCAGAGACACUCGGAGGCCGAGGACGAGGAGGAGGAGGAGGAGGAGGAGGAAGAGGAGGAAGAGGAGGAGGAAGAAGAGGGUGGUGGCAGCGGAGGGGAGGAGGAGGAGGAGGAGGGUGGCAGUCAGGGAGAGGAGGAAGACGAGGAGGAGGAAGGGCACAGCGAGCAGGAGGAGGAAGAGGAGGAGGAAGAGGAAGGGCACAGUGAGCAGGAUCAAGAGAGCUCAGAGGAGGAGGAAGAGGAGGAAGAGGGGGGGGAGGCGGGGAGCCGGCAGGGGCCGGCGGGGCGGCGGGGCAGCAGGGCAGAGCCCCCGCCCCACAGUCGCAUGGCCACGCGGUCUCGAGAGAACGCGCGACGCCGAGGCCCCCCUGAGCCUGAGGAGGCCAGGCCGCGGGGCGGGAAGCGGCCCAAGCCCGCUCCGGGGGGAGCCUCUGCAACGGCCCGAGGGCCACAGGCCACUGACGGGCUGGGGGCCAAGGUGAAGCUGGAAGAGAAGCAGCACCACCCGUGCCAGAAGUGCCCUCGCGUCUUCAACAACCGCUGGUACCUGGAGAAGCACAUGAACGUGACCCACAGCCGCAUGCAGAUCUGCGACCAGUGCGGCAAGCGCUUCCUGCUGGAGAGCGAGCUGCUACUGCACCGGCAGACAGACUGCGAGCGCAACAUCCAGUGUGUGACAUGUGGCAAAGCUUUUAAGAAGCUCUGGUCCCUCCACGAGCACAACAAGAUCGUGCAUGGCUAUGCAGAGAAGAAGUUCUCAUGUGAGAUCUGCGAGAAGAAGUUCUACACCAUGGCCCACGUGCGCAAACACAUGGUUGCCCACACCAAGGACAUGCCCUUCACUUGCGAGACCUGUGGGAAGUCCUUCAAACGAAGCAUGUCUCUCAAAGUGCACUCGCUGCAGCACUCUGGGGAGAAGCCCUUCCGAUGUGAGAACUGCAAUGAGCGCUUCCAGUACAAGUACCAGCUGCGGUCCCACAUGAGCAUCCACAUCGGCCACAAGCAGUUCAUGUGCCAGUGGUGCGGCAAGGACUUCAACAUGAAGCAGUACUUCGAUGAGCACAUGAAGACCCACACAGGGGAGAAGCCGUACAUCUGUGAGAUCUGCGGCAAGAGCUUCACCAGCCGACCCAACAUGAAGCGGCACCGGCGCACACACACGGGCGAGAAGCCGUACCCCUGCGACGUCUGCGGCCAGCGCUUCCGCUUCUCCAACAUGCUCAAGGCCCACAAGGAGAAAUGCUUCCGCGUCAGUCACCCCCUGGCCAGCGAUGGCCCCGCUUCGGGCCCAGGCCUGUCCCCGGCCCAGCCCCCGGCUCACACGCUGCCCCUGCUCCCGGGGCUGCCCCAGACCCUGCCGCCCCCACCCCACCUGCCGCCCCCACCGCCACUCUUCUCUACCACUGCCACUUCCGGCGGGAGGAUGAGCGCCAACAACUGACUGCCUCUGCGAGGGACCCCCGCCCCCCCACCCCGGCCCUCCCCUCCUGCCUGGGGGAGGGCAGCGACACCGGCCUGGCACCGCCGCGCGCGCCCCCCCCCCCAGACGGGGCCGGACCUGUGCUGCUUGAGGCCCCUGACCCUGGGGGUGUGCGGGCUCCUGGCCCCCAUGCGGGUGGAGGACACCUCACUCCCAAGUGCCCCCCUUCUCAGUGACUCCUUGAAGCCUUUGCUUUUUUUUUUU